AAGACACAAAGAACUAUUUUUUUGUUUAUGUUUUAAAACUUGACUUUUAACAACAGACUAGUCUCCAUCUAAGAAAUCGUAUGCUUUUUGGAGCUUGUUCAACAUCUGACUGGCAAAAUUACUGCCAUCAGGUGGUGGGAAGCUCUGUUGUCACUGAGUAUCUCAUGAAUACUGUAACAGAUAACCAAUGUCUCCCUGUAGCCCCAAUGGUCCAACGGUGCAAUACCGACAUUUUUGCAGCCCUCUGGGUGGCGCUAAAGACCUAACCUUGGGCUUUGGCUUUAUGGUUAAGAAUUAAUGCCUUGUAUUUUCAUUUGUUUAAUAUGUGUCAUUGCUGUUUUGAUUCUGUUUGUUAGUCUUACACAUUUAAACUUCUCCUAAUCAUGUUAUUUGUAUUUUGUUAUUUUGAAUCUUCUUUUCUUGUUGUCAUUGUACUGUAUAUUGUGAUCAUUCUUUGGUCAUUUGUGUCAUGUUAUCACUAGUAUUUGUUGCAUUGUUGGUUUUACUGUUUACUUUUUGUUGAAUCGGUGCGUUGUUUUUAAUGUGGUUUUUGUUGCUGUUCUUGUGAAGCAUUUUGUUUUCGUUUUGUUGUUGUUGUUGUUGUUUUUUGCAUAGUGUUUUUUUUUUUUUUUUUUUUAAUCAUUGUUUCAAACCAUUGCCUGUUUGUGAGCGGGCAAGUGUGUGAAAAAGCCAUAUUCAUAUUCCAACUGCCCUCCCACCCACUGUGAAGGUGGGAGGUGGAUGGAAUGUUGCUGCAGCCAAUCUUUGGACUGCUAGCAUGCGCGCGUGUGUGUAUGAGGCAAAGACUUGGAGAUCUGAAUUCUUCGUUUAACCCGAGGGUCUUUCACUCAUAGCUUCAACAACGUAGCAGCCAGGACAGAGGAUCCAGUAUGUCUUAAAGAAAUUCUGGACUAAUUUGUUGAGAAGUAUUUGGAUCGUAAUCGGUCAUCAUGCCGCUGCUCCCUGUGGCUGCUCCUUGAGAAGAUGACCUGUCACACAGUGGGCAGUAUUCGGUCUUGUAGAGAAGAUGAGAAGAUUUCAGGGCCACAAAUGCCGUCUUCUAAACGUGCACCGUGUCCACCACGGCGUCCUCCAUCAACCCCACCCCUCCCCACCCGAACCCUGCACCUUGUUCCUAGGCAGCCUGAAACAGUUGUUGUUCUACGAAGUUGUGGAAAAGUGAAGAAGUCAGGAGUCAGAGAUUCGUGGCCCUCAGCGCAGACGAACACGGAAGUCCAGACUAGGAGAUGCCCUCAGUCGAAAUCUCACCUCACCCGGUCAGGCCUGCUGCCUUCAUCACAGCCAGCCUUGAACGCCCUCCUGCCUGCCGACCCUCAACCUCAUUGUUUAAUACCCAUAGCAACACCUAGAAGGUGGGGCUCGGAGAACUCCGUGAUGUCGCCGCUAAUGUUCCCUCACAGCAUCUCCAGUAAGAAUCUGGAUGCCAUUGACAGCAAAAUCGAACAGGCAAUGGACCUGGUAAAGAGUCACCUGAUGAUGGCAGUCAGGGAGGAAGUGGAGCUACUGAGGGGCUAUAUUCGAGAACUACACGAAAAGAACAAGGAGCUAGAGAGAGAAAAUCAACUCCUGAAAAAGCUCGUACACACCACUGACUGUCAAAACACGCACAAACACCUCAGCAGUACUUGAUUCAUAAAUACAGAAGAUGGUAGAACUUGAAGUCCAUUGAUUUCUCUUGAAAGAUUAGUCCUGUCUAUCUAUCCAUCCAUCCAUCUAUCUAUCCAUCCAUCCAU